GGAGGCGCAGCUGAUUGGCACCUUCUCCCCGCCCCCAAUCUCUUGCUGGUCCAGGUGACCUUUGCCCCAGAUCCCAGUGUCUAGGUCCGCCCAGCCGGGAGGUGUGGAGAACAAAGGCAGCUGGGAUUGGUCAGAACCCAGCAGGGGUGUGUCCCAGGCACCCACAGCCCAGGCGUGAGCGCCGGGCAGGUGGACUCCCGGGAUAGAUCAGCAACGGCCUGGCAGCUGCAGGCCUGUCCCACCGGACCCUGCCCUCCAGACAUGGCCCCCGGGCCCCUCGAUCCCUAGCCCUGUGACCCUCCAGGGGUACAGGCAACCUGAGCGCCACCACCCCAGGGUCUGUGCCAUGCCCCUGACCCGGGCACAGCCGGCUGCUGCCACAGAGGACACGGGAGCGGUGGCCCCGGCUGUGGACCUGGUGCUGGGUGCCUCGGCCUGUUGCCUGGCCUGCGUCUUCACCAACCCCCUGGAGGUGGUGAAGACUCGGCUGCAGCUGCAGGGAGAGCUGCAGGCCCCGGGCACCUACCCUCAGCACUACCGGGGCUUUGUGGCCUCCAUAGCCGCCGUGGCCAGAGCAGAUGGGCUGAGUGGCCUGCAGAAGGGGCUGGCCGCCAGCCUGCUCUACCAGGGCCUCAUGAACAGCGUCCGCUUCUAUUGCUACAGCCUGGCCUGCCAGGCCGGCCUCACCCAGCAGCCAGGUGGCACCGUGGUCGCAGGUGCGGUGGCUGGGGCACUGGGAGCCUUCGUGGGGAGCCCUGCUUACCUGGUCAAAACGCAGCUGCAGGCCCAGACGGUGGCCGAGAUGGCUGUGGGGCACCAGCACCACCACCAGAGCGUCCUGGGCGCCAUGGAGACCAUCUGGCGGCAGCAGGGCCUGGCAGGUCUGUGGCGGGGUGUGGGCGGGGCUGUGCCCCGAGUCAUGGUUGGCUCAGCUGCCCAGCUGGCCACCUUCGCCUCUACCAAGGCCUGGGUGCAGGAGCGACAGUGGCUCCCGGAGGACAGCUGGCUGGUGGCCCUGGCCGGAGGCAUGAUCAGCAGUGUGGCGGUGGUGGCGGUCAUGACCCCCUUCGACGUGGUCAGCACUCGGCUGUACAAUCAGCCCGUGGAUGGAGCUGGCAGGGGCCGGCUGUACCGGGGCCUGGCUGACUGCCUGGUGAAGAUCUGGCGGCAGGAGGGACCCCCGGCGCUCUAUAAGGGUCUGGGCCCCUCCUACCUGCGCCUGGGCCCCCACACCAUCCUCAGCAUGCUCUUCUGGGAUGAGCUCCGGAAACUGGCCCGAUAGGGCGGGGCCAGGGCAUCUAGGGCGUCCCUCACCCCACAGCCUGACACAGCCCAUCACCCCGCUCCAGCUGGGAACGGCCAUCUCUCACCAGCCACAGGCCCAGGCUCUGCCCCGGGUCUCAUCGUUAUAAUGACUGCCCCGAGCCCAGCCAUGAGCUGGGUCGCUUACCUGCAUCAGCUGCUUCAACCGGAAACAACAGUGGGAGGUGACAAACCCUCUCACCAAGGAGCCAGCCGAGGCUCAGAAGGGUGAAGAGCUUUGAUCAAAGCCACACAGCGUUGAGAUGGCAGAGCCAGGACUGGAGCAGCCCUGCCCAGCCCAGAACUGUGCCCUUGGCAAGGACCAGGACGAGGGGCGGAGUGUCCCCAAGGGAUCACUGCACACAGGAGACCCUGGGUGCCCCGGAGGCGUGUCCUCUCCCGUGGCGGUCCGCCAGGGCUGCCGGAACAAAGUGCCUCAGACCAGGCGACUAUAACCAUCGACGGUGAUUUCUCCCAGCUCUGGAAGCCAGAAGUUCAAGAUCAAGGGGUCAGCAGGGUUGGUUUCUUCUCAGGCCUCGCUCCUUAGCUUGAGAUGGCUGACUUCUGUGUGUCCUUCCUUCUGUGCGUGUCUGUGCCCCAAUCUCAUCUUAUAAGGACCAGUCAUUUGGGACUAGGGCCACCAUGUUAACUUAAUCACCUCUGUAAAGACCCUUCUCCAACUACAGCCACCCUCUGAGGUCCUGGGGUUACGACUUCGUUAUAAUGAAUCGGGGUGCGGGGGGGACACAAUUCAGCCUGUCACGUCAACGAUGGCUCUACUGAGGCCCUCCCGUGCCCAGCACUGCGGGCAUUUGCACAGAUCCGCAUGGCGACCCUGGAAAGGAGCCCUCGGGAAGCCUGUGGUUCAGAUGAGGAGACUGAGGCCAGGCUGGGGGAGUGGCUGGCCCAAGUGGAGUAGCAGAGCCAGGCAUCCUCCUCCGGCGCUUCCCCCAAGCUGCAGCCACACUCCCCGCGUGGGUGUCCCUCAGGCCGCGCUGACCUCUGUGCCACGGAGGUGGACGCCCAGGCCCCUGAAAGGGGAGGUCUGGCCCGGGCCCAGCAGCCUGAACUGCCUUCCCUGCCAACACCCGAGUCUUGGAAAAGCUGCUCCCGGGGCACGCCUACCAACACUCCAAAUCAAUAAAGUUUUCUAUUUUCUUUA